GUUGGUGAUUAUUUAUUACUGAUACCGCUUGAGUAUUCGCGACCUGACAUACCCUGUGCUGCGCCAAUUGGCGUCACCACGCCGCAUUGGGUUCCUGCAUUGAGCAAACCGAUUAUCAAACGAGCCAUCCGACAUAUCUUCCCUCGGGAACCUGCGAACGUCGCGAAUUGCGUGGGUGACGAGACGAAGCGUGGGGGACGCCGUCGUCCGUGUUUGCCAUUCACGGAUUCAGUUUUGCUCUGAUUCUGUUCUGCAAACCCAUGGCGGAGACGGUGUCCAUUACAAUCUGUGGCGAUGGUGGAUGCGGGAAAUCAUCUAUCACGCUGCGAUUGGUACGCAGCCAGUGGACACAUGAAUAUGAUCCUACAAUCGAGGAUUCAUAUUCCGUUACCCGCACUGUUGACGGUGUUCCAUACUUCCUUGCCUUGACGGAUACAGCUGGCCAAGAAGAAUAUCGUGGUCUAUGGGCGUCCUCGAAUCUCAAGUCUGAUGCAUUCCUCCUCGUCUACGAUAUCACAAAUGCAUCUACAUUGGAGGCUUUGGACUACUUCGUGGACAUGAUCGACAUAGAGGCAGAGCAGCGAUUGGAAACCAAUGCGCGAUUGAUCAAGGAAUUGGGCCCUCUACGUCACCCAGGAGAGCAGGUUGCCGUUGGCAUGGCUCCACCGGUAAGGAUUGUGGCUGGAAAUAAAUGCGAUUUGAAAGACGCGAGGGUGGUGAGCGCAAGACAGGGGUUGGAAUAUGCUAGGAGAAAAGGCUGUGGCUUUAUGGAAACGAGCGCGAGGGAAAUGGUAAAUAUUGAGGAGACAUUUGCUUUAAUCAUUCGUCGUGUAGUGGAAGCGCGGUAUCUUCAUCAUCGCCAACAAUUUCCCGCCCAACCCCAGACCCCUGGUUAUUCAUCACUUGAAGCGCAUUCUCUACCCCAGAGCUUGUUCUCCCCCGACCUUAUUUUAACAUCACAGGCUGAUUUUCAUUCAAGAACUCCAGCCCUCACCGCCAAAGAGAGGGAAAUUACGGACAAUAAUACCGAUGAUCAAGCAACGGGAAACUCCACACAGAAGCCAAACCAGUGGCAAGGUCUGGGACGAGCAAUCUCGAAACGUGUUCGAAAGGUGAAACACCGGGACACCGCAGACCCAGGCCAUAAAUCACCACCCUCAACUGCUCAUCGCGAAAAGAGCAUAUCUGAAACAACAGAGCUUCCUCGAAACAACCCACCGCAGCCUAGCGGGAAGAGAGAAGACGAUGGCACUGAAGUUGCAAAAGUCGAAGUCUAUGCGAACAAAAGAUGCGAACCUAGAGAAAAUCAGAGAACUUUGUGGAGAUGGCUCUUUUGCCGAAAUCGGUGAAACGUUUCUAUCCAUCCUUACUUCUUAUUUAUAUAUAUCGAAUAUCCCCUGUCAGCUCAGCUCCUCAACUUAGGUGUUGCGCAACUUAUUUUUGAUCCUUUCCAUAUAUCUUAUUUGUGCAUAUUUUCCUCCAUUAUAUCUUUUUAUUCUUCCCCCUACCUCCUAACACCGUUCUACGACCGCUAUCCAUGAUAUCUUGAUCGCAGACGGUAUGCUCAUGACCCACUGUUUAUUUCCUUUGUCUUCACAUUUCGGUAAACUCCCCUAAUAGCGCUGUUUCGGCUCCACUGGACCUGUCCGCAUGCUCCUACUCAUGUUGUGAUUUUGGAGAAUAUUCCCUUUGAUGCCGGUCUUCUUCCUUCUUUCUAUAAAUAUUUCCCGUCCAUGUCCUGGGGUAGCGAAGACUCGCCAUAAUUUCAUUUGUUACGUGCGUGUUUGAUACUCUACAUUCUGGUCGAUU